AUGCGUCCGUCAAAGAUCCUCCGUGUCGCCCGGUCCGAUGAGAAGGAAGAAUCAGCCGUAAUUCUCCACGUCCAGCCAACAGCUGCCACCAUUCCCCUCAAUGUCUCCAUAACCGCCACCGACGGCUCCGAAGGUUAUGGUUUGACGCUAAAGGACAGCAAGACGAAGGCACUCAAGGACCCUUCGUCUGAACAAAGCGACGAUGAUUGGAAAGCUGUUCUUAGAGCUGUUCUGCUAGCUGAUGCUCCUCUAGAAGAGCUCCAUCUGCUCAAUAACAUUCAACUCUCGGCUCUCGUCAAGAAGGACUCCAUAUCUGUCAGCGUGAGGGAAGAUGUCGGAGGCAUCCGAAGGAGACUGGGUGUCCUCCAAUUUACACCCCAGGAUGUGGAAAUCGAGCUCUGGGAUUGGCUGGAUGCUGUUUGUAAAGAGAAGGAUGACGCCCUCGUGAGAUCAGCCAAGGCAGAGAAAGAAGCCACAGAAGCUCGGGCCAAGUUGGAAAAGCUAGAGAGGCAGAUCCAGGAUUUGUCUUCGGCGAAGAAGAAGCACGAGGAUACUCUUAUCCUGCAGUUUCAACGCCUGCUAAAUGAGAAAAAGAAGAAAAUCAGAGAAUUGUCACAGGGCCAACGUAGCGUUGCAGCAACAGCAGUACCGGGAGCGCAUGUUUCAGAUGAAGAAGCGGAGGAAGAUGAACCUAUGGAAUCGAAUCCGAAACCCAGGCUGGCGGAAUCGAAACCAAAGAAGAAGGCAACAGUGUCAAAAACAAUCACUGGGAGGAAAAGAAAGCAACCCGAGGAAAAGCCCCCAUCUGAGGAGGGCGACGACGACAACGACGACGAUGCUACUGGGGACGAAAUGGUUAUUGACCGGGAUAGUCUUGAGGAGGAUAGCCUCAAAUAUAAAUAUUCAGGUGGUGGAUUUGAUGCAGAGGCGGAGGACCGCCAGACCACGGACGAAGACACUCUAGGCGGCACGACCGAUGAUGACGACGAAGAGUUAUAA